AAUGUCUCAGCAGCCCCCAGGCAGACUGCUCCAACUUGGUGUCUUUCCCCAAAUAUGGAGCCUGCGUGGAGUCUCUGGGGGAGCCAGGGGUGGGGAACGGAGUCGGCUUCCUCCAGCAGGGAGGGGGCUGAGGGGCGAGCCAGCGGGGGAAGGCUGACAUCACCGCAGUGGCAGCCCUUUAAACCCCUCACCCAGCCGGCUUCCCAUCCUGUCUGUCCGAGUCCAGACAGGAGACCUCACUCCUUCCCGCCAGCCCCGAGGAACCCUUCUCUGCCCCAACAUGGCCAACAAGGGUCCCUCCUAUGGCAUGAGCCGUGAAGUGCAAUCCAAAAUCGAGAAGAAAUAUGACGAGGAGCUGGAGGAACGGCUGGUGGAGUGGAUCGUGGCGCAGUGUGGCCCGGAUGUAGGUCGCCCGGACCGUGGGCGCCUGGGUUUCCAGGUCUGGCUGAAGAAUGGCGUGAUUCUGAGCAAGCUAGUCAACAGUCUGUAUCCUGAUGGUGCCAAGCCGGUGAAGGUGCCGGAGAACCCACCCUCCAUGGUCUUCAAGCAGAUGGAGCAGGUGGCCCAGUUCCUGAAGGCAGCUGAGGACUAUGGGGUCACCAAGACUGACAUGUUCCAGACCGUUGACCUCUUUGAAGGCAAAGACAUGGCGGCAGUGCAGAGGACCCUGAUGGCUUUGGGCAGCUUGGCAGUGACCAAGAAUGACGGGCACUACCGUGGAGAUCCCAACUGGUUUAUGAAGAAGGCGCAGGAGCACAAGAGGGAGUUCACAGAGAGCCAACUGCAGGAGGGAAAGCAUGUCAUUGGCCUUCAAAUGGGCAGCAACAGAGGGGCCUCCCAGGCUGGCAUGACAGGCUACGGGCGACCUCGGCAGAUCAUCAGCUAGAAGGGGGAGGGCCAGCCCUGAGCCCUGCCCAGCCCCGCUCCAUCCCGCUUAGCCUGCCUCACUUUGUGGGUCCUUCUGCCCUGGCCAAGCUUUGAGGCUCUGUCACUGAGCAAAGGUGACUGCACAUGGGCAGCUCCUCCCCCGAUCCCCAGCCUCUGCCCCAUUCUUACCCCAAAGCAUCGCGGCCCUGGCCCCCCUCCCGUGUGCCCCCACCACCCCUGCUGUCUCUCCCCUGGGCUAAGCAGGGGGGAAGUGGGCUGGGGGUAGCCUGGGUGUAGGGCAAACCCACUGCCCUCCUUGGCAGCAAAAGCCCUUGGACGGGGACCUAGCCCAGCCUCCCCCUCCCCCUGUCUUCUCCUGGAAUAUUUUUGGGGUUGAAACUCAAAAAGGAAAAAGAAUACAUCAAUCUUUUCUCA